UGUGUUUGCUCGCUCUCUCUCUCAUGCCCUUGUUAGUGUGAGGUUUCCUUCUUAGGUUUGUAUAUAAGCUUAACCUACCUUCAGCUGAAGAAAGUAUCUUCUUGUGCAAUACCCUCUGAAGAAAAGAAAUUAAUGGAGCUGAUAAUCAUCAUCACUCUUCUUAGUUUUUCCUUCUCUUAUCUAAUACCAACUUGUUCUUCUUCCCAAAUUCAAUUGGAACCUUCACUCCAGCUUGAAGAUGAUAAUAUAGGAGUCAAUACAAACCUGCAGCUUUCUCUCCCAACAGUUCCUAGAAAGCUAAGAUUUACUGAGAAGGUUAAAGAAGAUGACGGAGCCAGAGAUCUUGCAUCACACAAACAGGAGAAUUCCUUUGCUGCUGCAGGGAAGCAAUAUCAUAGAAAGCAAAACAUGGUGCUUGGCAAAAAGGGAACAAGACAAGAAUGGAUGGAGGUGGAUGACCCUUCACAAUACUUUACUAUGGAUUAUACCCGAGUGAGAAGACGACGUCCCAUACACAACAAGCAAUUGCCGGUUAAUCCAUAAACAUGGUGAAGAGAAUAUAACCUGUUUUCACUCUAGUUGGUCUUGAUGAAGCUACUUACAUAACUAAGGAGGCCUUUUUAGGUUACAAUUUUGCCAAAUGUGUGUAAUUAGGAAUAUGUGGAGAGUGUCUAAUGGCCAGCAUAGGGAGCUAGCAAAACCCUAAAGCUUGUAAGAAAACUAGGACUUAACCUAACUAACAAGUACUCUUAAUCAAUUAUGUUCUCAAUGAAUUUGUUUUUCUUUUUC